CUUGGCUUCCAUAACUUACUGUCCUGUUGAUUACUAUUAAGAAAGUAUGUUGGAUCGUAGAUAUUAUGAAGGGUAUUUCGGAAUGACGUUAAAUGACACAAAGAAAAUUGUUUCUGUAGGACCAUUUACUAAUCGAAUUCGUAUUUUCAAUUUUUAAAAAAACCGAAGUUUAUAACGCAAAAUGUCUGGGUUGGAGGAAAUACCAGAGGAGAUGCCAACUGAACCAGGGUCUGGAUUAGAGGAGUUACCAGAUGACGUGUUUGAAGAGAGACAACGUCCGGUCAAAGAAUCCUCUAAAAUUAAAAUGGUGGCCGCAAUGGACUUUGGAACUACAUAUUCCGGUUAUGCAUUUAAAUUAAUAGGAAUCGAAAACCACAAGAAUAUUUACGUCAAAUCGUGGAACGAGGAGGCAGGUGGCGGCUGUUUGCCCUCCGAGAAAGCUCCAACGUGUGUUCUGUUAGAGGCUAAUGGAGACUUUCAGUCCUUUGGUUACACAGCAGAAAGAGAAUUUAGUGAAUGUGAAGAUCCAAAAAACUGGCGGUUUUUCAAGCAUUUUAAAAUGAUAUUGCACAGAGACGAAGGACUGUGCAGCAAGACCACAAUUAAAGAUUCGAAUGGAAAAGAAAUUUCGGCGAGACUUGUUUUUACUCACUGCAUUAAGUUCAUGAAAGAUGAUUUAAUGAAAAUGGUCGAGAGGAAGAAAGUUGACACUGAGUUUAAGACGGAGAACAUCAGAUGGGUGAUAACGGUUCCCGCCAUCUGGGAAGAGCCCGCCAAACAGUUCAUGCGUGAAGCCGCUCGGGAAGCUGGAAUCGAGGGAGAUAACCUACUUCUGGCGCUGGAACCUGAGGCUGCUUCUAUCUACGUCAAAGAAAUGAAUGUUGAGGUUCAUACUGAUAUGAAUCAGUCCAGGCUAUCGGCCUUUUCUCCCAAAACCAAGUACAUGAUCGUCGACUUAGGCGGAGGGACCGUUGACGUUACAGUGCGCGAAGUCCUACCGGACAGAUCCCUGAAGGAGAUCACAAAGGCCAGCGGAGGGGCGUGGGGAGGCCUACACGUCAACCAGCGGUUCUACCAAUUCAUAGAAGAUCUGGUGGGCAACAAAUUGAUGGAAAAAUUCAGAGAGCAACAUCCUGCAGCUCAAUUAGACCUGGAACGAGAAAUCGAACAGAAAAAGAGGAAUUUGACGGGUGAUGAACACAAAAGAAUUUUGAUAAAGCUGCCCGGUGAACUGAUAGAGUUAUUUGAAAAGACCAAGGGAAAAAGUUUGAGUGACUUUGCUAUGUCAUCAGGUCGAUACAGAGAAAAACUUGAAAUGACAUUUGAAAAGCUGCGAAUAAGUUUAGAAGUAACGAUGGACAUGUUCAAACCAGCCGUAAACAGCAUAUUGCGUCACGUCGAAGAACUGGUGUCGGACCCUGUCACUGAAGGCUUAAAAAAUAUCAUUCUGGUUGGCGGGUUUUCAGAUUGCAAAAUUAUCCAGAAAGCCAUGAGGGAAAAGUUUAAGGACUUCAGGGUUGUCAUCCCACAGGAAGCUGGGCUAGCUGUUUUGCAGGGUGCAGUGUUGUUCGGAGAGAACCCACUUAUUGUUUCAGAGAGAGUCAGCCCUUUCACCUAUGGCACCCGGCAGCUCCGUUACUUCCUAGACGGAGAUCCUCCGGAAUAUAGGACGGAGAUUGACGGGACCCCCUUUUGUAAGAAUGUGUUUAACGUCCUCGCCAGGAGUGGGCAGACAUUUCGAGUGGGACAGAGAGUCACCACCGAAGUGUCCCCCGUGAAGCCAAAUCAGACGGUAAUGCCAGUGAACGUUUACCAGUCAAACAAUCCGGACCAAAUGUAUGUGGAUGACGACUGCAGAGAAAUUGGAACAAUGAUCGUUGACAUGCCAGAUACCACUGGUGGCCUUGACCGGAUUGUGGAUGUGUCCUUGGCCUUCGGCGACACGGAAUUACAUGUGACCGGAAGAGACCGAUCCUCGAAAGAGAAAGUGUCGGUGACUAUUGACUUGCUGAAAAAUAAUUAACUUUAAUAAACUUUUCCAAAGGCCCGUUUUGAUAUUACUAAUGAUUAGCUGUGAUAUGACAUUUCUAUAUAUCUGAGCUUACGUGUACCUCAUGAUUGCACUGUUUGUUGCUUGUUGAAUAAAACUUUUUGCUACCUUG